AUGUAUUUCUCCAACAUCGUUAUCGGUGCUCUCGCAGCCCAGGCCCUGUCGGGUGACAGAAGGCCGACUCCAGCACUGGCUGGAAAGUUCGCUGCCUUAAUGGCUUCUGCAGCUCUACCAGUCUCUGGAGUGCCAGUGAUUGGACUCAUCGAACCUCGAUCGCCCGAGAUCUUGGUGCUAGGUGGUGGUGGUCAGCAGAACCAGCAACAGGGUGGCAACGAGAACGCACAAGAUAACCAGGACGGCCAGGACGGACAAAAUGGCGGUGGCAGACAAGGCCGAGGUGGUAGAAACGGCAACGAUGGCAACGGCCAAGGCAAUGGUCAGGGUAAUGGUAAUGGAGGAAACCAAAACAACGGAGGAAACCAGGGCGAUCAAGCUACUGCCACCGAGUCCCUUGCUACCGGCGUCGACACAGCCACUGGCGCCGCCACCGACAUAGCCACUGAUGUCGGUGCCAUCCAGAGCCGCAUCGCCAACGAGACCGUCGUCACCCGAUCUCUUGGUCCCGGCCAGCUUCUCCCCCCGGGCCAGACUGAUGCUGUCAACACUCCUGGCCAGGAGACUCCUGCAGCUACCCCUACAGGUGCUGCCGGCGAGACACCUGCUGCCAGCGAUACUGCUGCCGUUACUGAAGCCCCUGCUGCUACCGACACUGCUGCUGCCGAAGCUACUGUUACUGUCACCGCUACGGUCACCGUUGAUAACGGCAACGGCAGAGGGAAUGGAAGGGGACGAAACAGGGGUGGCAACAACGGAAACAACGAUAAUGGGAACGGCAACAAUGGCAACGCUGACCAAAACAACGGUAAUGAUGCUGCCAACGGGGGUAACGCUCAGAACGGAGGCAACGGAAACAACAACGGUAACGCCAACGACGGCGCUGCUAACAACGGUGGUGCUGCCAAUGGAAACAAGGGCAACGCUGGUAACAACGAUGGCGCCGCUGCUGGCGGAGAUGCUACCGCAGGAGGCGACGCUGCUCAAGGUGACAAUGCUGCUGGCGCCGGUGGUGCCGGAGGUCUACUCGGCAGCAUUCUUGAGCGCCUGACAGGAGGAGCAGGAGCCGGUGCGUCUGCCGGUGCCGGCAACAAUUAG